AUGGGGGUGCCGAAGGAAAACUUAUUCGGCGUGGACUAUCUUGGGCCGAACAAGAUUACCGAUCGGGAGAUCGCCAAGCUUCGAGCAGAGUACCACAUUCCCGACUCGGUACGGAUGAGAAUCCCGGGUCCUACCGAAUCCCUCAGUGCGCCGAAGGACGGCGAAAGUAGUUUUCUUUACCGACGUCCUUGUGCAAGGCGUUCGGUUGCCGUUGCAGCCGGCGGUGCAGAGGAUUCUAGCCCAGAUCGGCUACGCCCCGGGGCAAUUCAACCCCACUUCUGGGUGGCCCUCAUGGGAGUGAUAACGGCCUUCGGCAUGGCUGGCGAAGGGAGCCCCUCCUAG